CCUACCUUAAGGCAUCUCAUAAGACUACUUAAGGUGCAUCCUUCACAAUCCAAGUCCUUAGGAUUUGUUCUAUCACUUUUAUACAACAUUCCCGAUUAGUAAAUUAAAUACUAAUCCAUAAAUCUUUAAACAGCCAAGCUCCUUAACUCAUAGUUAUAAGGCUCAUUCUUAUGGAUUUUCGAAUCCGUAUACGAUUUACUCUCAAUAUCAAAAAUAUCACUUUUAUCCAUUCAUGAUUUCUAUACAUGAAGUAAAAGUAUAUUUUAUCACAAAAAUUCAUGGUUUACACAAUCAUUAUACCUCCACAUUUAUUAUGCAUCAUCAUACACAAUCUCUCAUAAAUUUGUAUGUUAUGCAUCUUCUAUUCACAAACGAUGAUAUUUUCAUUUAGGCAUUAUUAAGCAUUAAUAAUCCAUGAAAAUCACAUUUAAUUACUUUAGGUAAUCUUAUGAAAUUAACCCAAAGAUUAUAAGCAAUAUAGUCAGCCAUCCUCACCUUAUGAAGUGCUGAAAUAGUUGCCUUUGUUAAGCCCUCCGAUCAAUCCCCGUUCUAAACCGAUUGGAGAUGAAAAAUCUGGACAGCAGACGAAAGCCGGGCGGCUUUCGUGAAAGGUGGGCGGCUUUCGUGGUCUGCAGCUACGAACAGCUCCCUUAAAGUGGCGGUUUCCGGCGAUUUCGACUCCUAUCGAUUCACCCACUCUUCUAAGUUAAUUAUCACCACUUUAUAACAUUAUUCUACACUUUUAAACGUGUAGAACAUCAUGUUUAAUCCACCAUAUGAUUUCUUAAAAAUCAUACACUAUAAAACUAGUUAAAGAACUAGAUAAGUUCUUACCUUGUGUUCUUGCUAGUUUUUCCUAGAGUUUGCUAUCUCCUUGCUUCUCCCUAGCCAAGAGCUUUGUGAGGUUUGGUUCUCCUUGGGUUCUUCUCCCUUGAUGGCCGAAUGAUUGCAAUGGGAAAGGGUGAAGCAUCUCUUCCCAAUCAAUACUCAAAAUAAUUUGAGUAUGGGGUCAUGUGUGUAGGCUUUGUCUCUAGGAGACUUCCUCCAUCAUCCAUCCGCAUCAACCCUCAUGUGUUGUCUAAAUUUGACUUAUUUAGACUCUCCAAAGUGUGUAGGAAAUUCCCAAAUGGGUGUAGGAAGUUUCCCCCAAUUAUUCCUGCUAUUUUUGGUAGGUUGGGCCCAAAUAGCACUCGGGUUGUCCAAAUAUUUUUAUCAACUUUGGUUGGCAUUUUAUUGGGCUUCUAUAAUUAUUACAUUGACCCAAAUAAAUAUUUGGUAGCCCAUUCUCAAUAAUAUGGACCCGAUAAAUAAUUUAAUUAAUCGCACAUUAAUUAAAUAUACCAAUUCUGUUACACGAUUUUAUUCGCUAGGAAAUUCAAAUACAUAUCAACUUUCGAAUUCAAGUACAUAUGGGCGCGGUGUCACAAGUUCACCCCCCCUUAACGGGAAUUUCGUCCCCGAAAUUCACAAAUGCUUAUUCAAAAAGAAAUGCAUGUUGUUCCUUCAUUAAGGCUUCCGUUUCCCAAGUUUCUUCUUCAACUCGGUCACUUUUCCAAAGGAUUUUCACCAUUGGAACUUUCUUGCUCCUUAGUUUCUUUACUUGCCUAUCAAGUAUUCUCAUCGGUCGUACGGCGUAGUUCAAGUCUUCACGUAUUUCCACAGGUGGUUUCUCUAAUACGUGAGACGGAUCCGGCACAUAUUUCUUCAGCAUAGACACGUGGAACACGUUAUGUAUCUUCUCCAAUUCUGGAGUCAACUGCAAUCGGUAUGCUACGGCCCCAAUUCUCUCAAGAAUCACAAAUGGCCCAAUAUAUCGUGGGUUAAGUUUCCCUCGGCUCUGAAAUCGGAUGAUUCCCUUCCAGGGUGAAACCUUCAAGAAUACCUCAUCUCCCACCUUAAACUCUAAGGCUCUCCGGCGUUUAUCGGCAUAGCUCUUCUGUCUAUCCUGGGCCGCCUUAAGCCUAUCACGAAUCGUCUUCACCUUUGACUUGGUGAUCUCCACCAAUUCUGUGCUCUCAAGCUUGGCCAUGCCAACCUCGUCCCAACACAACGGUGUACGACAUCGCCUCCCAUACAAUGCCUCGUAUGGAGGCAUGCCAAUACUCGCCUGAUAACUGUUGUUAUAGGCAAACUCUACCAGUGCUAGAUGGUUGUCCCAACUUCCUUGGAACUCCAAUGCACAAGCUCUCAGCAUAUCCUCUAAAAUCUGUAUGACUCUCUCGGAUUGUCCAUCCGUCUGUGGAUGGAAAGCAGUGCUAAACUUCAAUCUCGUUCCCAUAGACUCUUGGAACUUCGGCCAAAAUCGUGAUGUGAAUCGUGGGUCCCUGUCGGACACAAUGGUUAUAGGAACCCCAUGUAGCCUCACGAUCUCAUCCACAUACAAUUUGGCUAACCUCUCAAGUGCAUAGGUAGUGUUGAUAGGUAGAAAAUGUGCACUCUUCGUGAGCCUAUCAACCACAACCCAUACGGCAUCAUAAUUCCUCACGGUCCGUGGCAGUCCCACCACAAAAUCCAUGGUCACGUGCUCCCAUUUCCAUUCUGGAAUGGAAAGUGGCUGUAAUAACCCAGCUGGAUGCUGAUGUUCUGCCUUGACUUGUUGACAAGUAAGGCAUCGGCUGAUGUAUUCGGCUAUCUCCCUUUUCAUGCCUGACCACCAGUAACUCUCUUUCAAGUCACGGUACAUCUUCGUGCCCCCCGGGUGCAUGGCAUAAGCCGAUGAAUGAGCUUCCUCUAAGAUGGACUUUCGGAGCUCAUCAUCUGCCGGUACACACACUCGAUCACGAAAUAGUAAGAGACCAUCAUCUCUUUCCCUGAAGUCCUCCACUGGUCCCGCUUGCAUGCGUUCCCGGAUCCUCAUGAUUUCCUCGUCAGUUUCCUGACCCUUCUUGAUCUCAUCAAGCAAAGUAGGUCUCACCUCAAAUCGUGCCAAUAAGGCUCCAUUACUGGAUACCUCCAGUUGGGCUCUUAAAGCCCUCAAGUUAGCUAUCAAUGCCCCAGAUGAGCUCUUUCGGCUCAAGGCAUCCGCCACCACGUUGGCUUUACCGGGGUGGUACUCAAUGAUAAGAUGGUAGUCUUUUAUCAACUCCAUCCAUCGCCUCUGUCUCAUGUUCAGCUCUUUCUGAGUGAACACGUAUUUCAAACUCUUAUGGUCGGUGUAUAUAUGACAUGUCUCCCCGUAGAGAUAAUGCCUCCAAAUCUUCAGUGCAAAUACCACUGCCCCGAGCUCUAAAUCAUGAGUAGGAUAAUUUACCUCAUGCUUCUUCAACUGUCGUGAAGCAUAGGCAAUUACCCUCCCCAUUUGCAUCAACACACAUCCAAACCCUUGGAUGCUAGCAUCACUAUAGACAUCGUACCCCAUACCCUGUUUGGGUAAACAAUAAGAGAAGUCCUCAAAUAGGACUAAAGCAGUGUUUGCAAGAGCUUUAAAAAAGCACUUUUGAGCUUUUUGCUUAAAAAAAGCUGAAAGUAGUGUUUUCAAAUUCCUGCUUCUACUUAAAUUAAGCACUUUAAAUCUAAAAGCUAAAAGUUGGUGUAGGGGUGCUUCUAACUGCUUCUUGGUUUUUUUUUGUAAUUAGUUCAAACUUUAAGGAUAGUUAUAUUGAUUCAUUUAUGUCGUUUAAACCAAAAAUACCCCCAUCUCUCUGAAUACCUCUGUGUUCUAACUUCUCUGCUCCCUACGUUGUUCUUCCUUAACACACACACAUACUCCGUAUAUAACAUUGUAUUUAUAUAUAUAUUUUUUAGAAAAACAUUAUAUUAAUUCAGAAGAGCAUGAUACUUCAAUUCGAGUGAAUAAGUGAUAGUGGAGGAUUAGGGUUUUUGAAUUCUAUUCGCGCUUCUUCAAUUUGAGCUUAGCUUUGGAGAUUUUGCCGAGGACUCUAGAAUCAAGUUCCAGGUAGCAUGGGUACACACAUACUACCCGGAAUUUCAGUUGCAUCAACAAUUGCGGCAGAGAUGAAGACAGGGGAUGGAUUUAGGGGGGGCGGGGGGGGCGACCGCCCCCCUUGGACAUUCAAUUUUUUUUACCAUAUAUGUAAUAUUUUCAUAAAACUUUCAUAAUUUAAUUAGAUUCGCCCCCCUUAGCUUUUAAUUUUCAAAAUUAAUAUUUAUAGUCUUACAUAAUGUAAUACUUAAUUGGAGAUUUAAAAGAAGAAACGUCUAAAAUAAUUUACAUAACUUAAACAAAUAAACAAUAGAGUAACUCGUUAUUUGAGAUGUAGGAUACUUAUUAUAUAAGAAUUCCUAGUUUUGUAAUGUUUAAUUAUCUUUAUUAGAUAACAAGUACUGGAUUCGUAAAACAUAUAUCAAACAAUAUUAAAUACCAGACACACUAAUUACACAAUUUUUAGAUCACGUGAAAUGAAUCCAAAAUAUAAAUAUUUAUAGACAUUAGAUUACAUAAUUCAUUUACUUCUUGCUUUCUAAAAAUAAUUUAAUGCAUGGAUAACAAACUCUAAAUUAUUAUAGAAUUAAUAAAAAUAUUAAAAUAUAAUAUGCACCAUAUAUAUGUGUGUGUGUAUGUGGUGCAUAUUAUUCUAAAAAUAACAAUCUCAUACAUAUUAGUAUACUAUUAUUGUAAUAUUAAGAAAACUUCUCAUGAGUCAUGACUCACAAACACCCUCCUUGGUGGACAAAAAUUACAAUUCAAUAACCGAUUCAUGAGGUUAAACAAUGGAGAAGUUAUUAAAAAUGUAUUGGUUGAUGUCUUUGUCAUCGUCUAAACUUAGAAUGUAAUAGAUUUAAAUGUCGUUCAGGAUGUGCAUGCAUGUAUUAAUAUCAUUUUUUGAAUAAAAAUAGCCGCAUAGCCCUACAGUAGCGAAAAAUUUCACCCCGCUAUACUAGGGAAAAAAAAUUCACCCCGCUACACUAACAAAAAAAAUUCACCCCCUACACUAACGAAAAAUUUCGCCCCCCUUGACUCAGAAUCCUGGAUCCGUCCCUGGAUGAAGACAUGGAAACCCAUACCCCUGCUUCGAAUGCCCAUGUCGGCUUUCUUAGAGUGGGAGAGAUGCUCGUUGUUUAUGCAGGGACAUUUUAGUAGUUUAACAUAAUAAUACGUCUAACAAUCACUUUUUUAUCAAACACUCCAACUUUAACUUCUCCGCUUUAAUCACUUCUCUUACCAAACACUACCUACUUUUACUAUGCACUUUCUUUAAAAUCGCUUAAAAACAUCACUUUUUUGAAGUAGAAACAAACACAAGCACUUCCUAAAACAUAAUACGUAGGUUUUUCAAAAAUAGAACCUACUAGUUUUAAAUACCUUAAAUAUGACUUUUUUUAUUUGUGAUUGGAUCAAAAGAGCAUCAUAGGACUUUAGCAUUGUUGCCACUAGAUCGCUGCUGCCUCUUUCUGAAAAAAAAAUCCUGCAGUUCUCUGUCGAGCUACCAGCGGCUACCACCACCAUGGACCGAUCCCGCGACUAACAGACUGCCUUGAUUAUGCAAAGGAACUAGGGGGGCAAUUGAUUAGGUUAAUUUAAUAAUUAAUUAAAUUAGGGGUAGAAAUGGAAUUAUUAGUCAUCAUGUUUACAAAAAAUUUGUUUCUUCGGCAUUUCUAAUACGUAGUACUUCCUCCGUUCUAUUUUAGUUUCCACGGUCAACAUUUCACAUUUGAUAACGCACAUUUUUUACUGUAAAAAAACCAGAUUUUGAAACUUUGAAAUGAGAUGAAUUGAUUUUUUUUAAUAAAAAUGAUUUUCAUAAAAUAAUAGUGUAAAAUGUAGUCAAAGUAGAGCUCAUAAAUAUUGUAAAAUUCAACAUAUUGCGAUUGAAAAAAUGGAGGAUAUUUUAAAAGAGACUAAUUUUUUUGUGACAAUUUACAAGAGACUAAAUAACAAAUACAACAAAUAUACUAUACUAAAAUGAUAGCAUCAUCGUACAAGACAUAAAAAAGUUGGGUCUCAAUUCCCACUCAGGAUGUUUUCUUUUGGACUGAAAUUUGCUGGUCUGGUCUGGUCUGGUCUGUUUAAGUCUGGUCUGAUCUGGUCUGGUCUGUUUAAGUCUGGUCUGGUCUGGUAAACGUCUGGUCUCUGUGUAUUUUAUAACUACGGAAGUCUGGUCUGGUCUGGUCUGUUUAAGUCUGGUCUGGUCUGUUUAAGUCUGGUCUGGUCUGUUUAAGUCUGGUCUGGUCAGGUCUGGGACUGAAAACCGUCCAAAACAAAACAUCCUCAAUUUGAUUCGCAUCUGGUGCCUACGUUGGUUACGUAACCGGCAUGUGACGUGCUUCUUAAAAUUGACAUUCAUGCCGCAGCCGAGAAAAAGACAAAGAUUUGCCACGCUCUUAUGAUCUUAUCCGCCAUUCUUUAAUGUGAAUCAUCAUCUCGAUUGUUUUCACAGUGGCCGGCGAUUCACGUUUGCAUCACUGCUACCAGAUUACGUCCGGUUCUGUUUCCUCUCAUCGUUUUCUUUCCUUCUUUUUUUCUUCUCUGAAACUUUCCCAAUAAUCUCACUAACAAUGCUCGGCAAUGGGGUUGUCGGGAUCCUCUCUGAGUCUACAAACAAGUGGGAAAGAAGGGUUCCCCUGACCCCUUCACACUGUGCUCGGUUGUUGCACGGUGGAAAGGGCAAGACUGGAGUGGCGCGGAUCAUUGUGCAGCCAUCCACCAAGCGUAUUCACCAUGAUGCUCUGUACGAGGAUGUGGGUUGUGAGGUAUCCGAUGACUUGUCAGAGUGUGGUCUCAUAUUGGGAAUCAAACAACCCAAGGUUGAUAUGAUUCUUCCUGAUAGGGCUUAUGCGUUUUUCUCACAUACCCAUAAGGCGCAGAAGGAAAAUAUGCCCUUGUUAGAUAAGAUCUUAGCAUCGAAGGCAUCACUGUUUGAUUAUGAACUUAUAGUUGGAGAUCAUGGAAAGAGGCUACUUGCAUUUGGAAAGUUUGCUGGUAGAGCUGGAAUGGUUGAUUUUUUACGUGGGCUGGGACAGUGGUAUCUUAACCUUGGGUAUUCAACCCCUUUUCUUUCACUGGGAUCAUCUUACAUGUACUCCUCAUUGGCUGCUGCCAAAGCUGCAGUAAUAUCUGUGGGUGAAGAGAUAGCCACCGCUGGACUUCCUUCAGGAAUCUGUCCUCUUGUUUUUGUUUUCACUGGCUCAGGAAAUGUUUCUCACGGUUCUCAAGAAAUCUUUAAGCUCCUUCCUCACACAUUUGUGGAUGCAAGCAAACUUCCAGAACUAGUUGGCCGGGCCAAGGAUCUCACUCCAAAGAGACAAUCAUCAAAGAGGGUCUUUCAAGUGUAUGGUUGUGUUGUGACUAGUCAAGAUAUGGUGGAACAUAAGGAACCUUCAAAAUCAUUUGAUAAGGUUGACUACUAUGCACACCCAGAGAACUACAAGCCUGUUUUUCACGAAAAAAUAGCCCCUUAUGCAUCUGUUAUAGUAAAUUGCAUGUACUGGGAGAGAAGAUACCCGCGGUUGAUAACCACCCAGCAGUGUCAAGAUUUGAUGAGGAAUGGGUCUCAACUGGUUGGAAUUUGUGAUAUAAGUUGUGAUAUAGAAGGCUCAAUUGAGUUCAUCAAGCAAACCACAUCUAUUGAUUCACCUUUCUGCAGAUAUGAUCCCUUCAAUAAUACAUACCAUCAUGAUAUGGAGGGAAAUGGUAUAUUAUGUUCAGCUGUGGAUAUUCUUCCAACUGAAUAUGCAAAAGAGGCUUCGCAACAUUUCGGAGACAUUUUAUCACAAUUUGUUCGAAGCUUAGCAUCUGUAGAAAGUCUUGACAAAUUACCGGCACCCUUAAGGAGAGCUUGCAUAGUCCAUUUAGGGAAUCUUACUCCCUUGUAUGACUAUAUUCCUAGAAUGAGGAACUCCGAUCUCGAAGAUUCGCCGGACGUACUUGACCACUUGACAUCCAAUAAGAAAAGAUACACCACAUUGGUCCAGCUAAGUGGUCAUUUGUUUGAUCAAUUUCUUAUAAAUGAAGCUUUGGAUAUCAUUGAAGAGGCUGGCGGCGCAUUCCACUUGGUGAAGUGUCAAGUGGGUCAGAGUUCAGAAUCCUUAUCAUACUCAGAAGUUGAAGUUGGGGCAGAUGAUAAAGCUGUUCUAGAUAGAAUACUUGAUUCUUUGAGUUCAAUAGCUAAUUCAGAUGAACAUCUGGGAUCUCGCAAUAAGAAUGCCAGUAUGCUAUCUUCAAAGGUUGGGAAAGUCCUUGAUACAAGUUUAGAGAAGGGUGCUGAUGCAAACAACAAAUACAAGGUCUUAAUUUUAGGUGCUGGUCGGGUUUGUAGACCAGCUGUUGAAUUUUUAGCAUCAUUAGGUGGUAUUUCUGCCCAAAAACAGCUAAAGUCAUGCAUCUCUGAUGACUUUGAAGAGCAAAACUGUAUUGAAGUCAGCGUUGCUUCUUUAAACUUGAAGGAUUCUGAAGAGGUUACCGAGAAUAUUUCAAAUGCAAAAGCAGUUCAGCUUGACAUCUCAAAUCAUGACAGCUUACAUAAAUACAUUUCACAGGCAGAUGUUGUUGUCAGCUUGCUUCCUCCAAGUUCUCAUUCUACCGUAGCUAAUGCCUGCAUUAAGCUGAAGACAAAUCUGGUCACAAGCAGCUAUGUUGAUGAUUCUAUGACAAGUCUAAGUGAAGAUGCAAAAAGUGCUGGUGUAACCAUUCUAGCUGAAAUGGGCUUGGACCCAGGAAUAGAUCAUAUGAUGGCAAUGAAGAUUAUCAACCAAGCACAUGUAAGGAAUGGAAAGAUAAAGUCAUUUGUUUCUUACUGUGGCGGUCUUCCAUCCCCAGCAGCUGCAAACAAUCCAUUAGCUUACAAGUUCAGUUGGAGUCCAGAAGGGGUAUUAAGAGCUGGGUGCAAUCCAGCUACCUACCGAUAUCAAGGAGAAGUUGUAGAAGUUGAAGGCCAAAAUCUUUAUGAUUCCGCUUCAAAGCUUCGCAUAGGGAGUUUCCCAGCAUUUGCAUUGGAGUGUCUUCCUAACCGCAACUCUUUAAUUUAUGGGGACUUAUAUGGAAUAGGAGAAGAAGCGUCCACAGUGUUCCGAGGAACCCUUCGUUAUCAAGGUUUCAGUGAAAUAAUGGGGACACUAUCAAAGCUGGGCUUUUUCAGUACAGAACCCAUGCCCAUUCUUGAACACGGAGAGAAAUGUACAUAUGUAGAUUUUCUGCUUGGACUCCUCAAAAUUAAUGAUAAGAAAUUUUCUGCACCUUCAAUUGGAGAAAAAGACAUUAUAGAUCAGAUAAUGGCACUAGGAUGUGUUAAAGCUAAAGAUGCAGCAGCAAACACUGCCAAAACUAUCAUAUAUCUGGGCUUCCACGAACCAAGAGAAAUUCCAGUUUCCUGCAAGUCUGCAUUUGAUGUGACUUGCUCAUUAAUGGUGGAGCGGUUGACAUACUUGGAGGGAGAGCAGGACAUGGUGUUUUUGCAUCAUGAAGUGGUGGUAGAUUUUCCAGACGGACAAACUGAAACCCAUGAAGCUACUCUUUUGGAAUUUGGAAGAACUAAUAAUGGGAGGAUGACCACCGCUAUGGCUCUUACUGUUGGGAUUCCCGCAGCCAUCGGGGCAUUGUUGUUACUUUCAAACAAGAUAAAAGCAACUGGUGUUAUAAGGCCAACUGAUGCUGAGGUUUACGUACCAGCGUUGGAUAUUCUGCAAGCUUAUGGUAUAAAGCUGAUGGAGAAAGUUGAGUAGCUUCAAAUUCUAACAACAUUGGUUUUAUAAGGUGUAACCGUGUAAAUGUACGAAAAACAUAGAAGGAACUUAUAUUCCAAUGCCAUUGCUGUUGGUGGAAUAAAGGUUUUAUGAUUAGUCAUCCCAAUUUGUAUAAUAAUAAUAAUAAGGGAAAGUUCCCGAAAUGGGACUAAAAAAGUUCGAAAAUUCCAAAAUAGGACUGUCAUGUUUUUAUUCCCAAAAUAGGACUAAUUACUGCCAAAUUUGGAAAAUACUGCCAUGUUUGAAGUCUGGUACUGCCAAAACAUGGCAGUAAUUAGUCCUAUUUUAGGAAUAAAAACGUGGAAAUCCUAUUUUGGAAUUUUCAAACUUUUUUAGUCCCAUUUUAGGUAAUAUCUCUAAUAAUAAUACUCCCUCCGGUUCUUUUUAAACUUCAGUGUUUGACUUCACAGUUAUUAAGGAAAUAAAGUUGACUUUACUGUAGAGUACACUGUUGAGACACUGUUUGGCACUGUUGAGACACUGUUUGGCACUGUUGAGACACUGUUUGGCACUGUUUGGCACUGUUUUGGUGUAGAUUUCUUUGCCAAAUAAGGAAAUAAGGAAGUGUGAAGUUUAUUUUGGACCGUCCCAAAAAGGAAAGUGAGAAGUUUAUUUAGAACCGGAGGGAGUAAUAAACAUGUCAAUAGUGAAUGUUUACCCACAUAUUUCUGCCUGAGCAUAGUCCUUUUCUUCCGAGAGAGCAACACCGAUUAUGCGAAGGUUUAUUCUUCAGAGUUGAAAGAAAUCCCCAAGGGAAUGAAAGAUGACCAAACAAAAGAGUAUUUUGUCAUUGAUUGAGAAUAAAGUGAGAAGAAUAGAAAAACUCCCAUCAACCAAACAUGUUAAGAGUGUUUGUUUAAGGCCAAACACAACAUUUUUCUUAUGAAAAAAAUGGAGCCAAAGACAUUAUUUUAUGUCUUUACAGAAACCCGCAUUUUACAUCAUUUACAAUGGAGCCAAAGACAUUAUUUUUUGUUUUAUUAAUAUGAUGGAAUAAAAUAAAAUGAUUCACUAAAUUGUUUGCGCUUCUUUAUUCUGAAGCAGCGGCUAGUCAAUGCAAUUUUCGAUGCAAUUUUCAUUAUGGGUCAUCCGGAAUCAGUUUCUUUGUGUUUUAGUACAGGAGUAAGACUGAGUACAUCCAACCCACUUAUCUCAUCAUAGGUGGAGAGCCUUUGCAGCAUUGGGGUAGUGAGGAUGAUGAUGACUAAACAUAAACCCGCACUAGGGAGAAUCUUGAACAUGAAAGGUGAAAAUGCAAUAGAGGGGGACCCACUAGGAAAGAGCUUGGGUAUUUGUUAACUUUUAAUUCUACUUUUGUCAAAUCACAAUCCUUCAAACAAUCAAUGAAGAAUAUUUAGUGCCGAGAAUGGAA